AUGACCCAUCCUGGGGUCAAUCAAUAUGUUGCCGACUUUGUUUCUUUAAUUCGGCCAAUAUUGACAAAGGGAUCCUGUCGUUCAGUUUCUCUGGUUGUCUUAUCAGCUCAACAACGCCCACUUGAAAGGUUCGUGUUUGAGGUAGAGUCAUUAUCCGAUCAGUCAAGCUCUCAUGUUCCUCUGUCUAUCGAUGGAUCAAACCAAACAAGAGCUUGUGUCCAACAGCACAUUCGAGCAUGUCUACUCAAGAUGCAUGCUUGUGGAUCAAUGUUAUCCACCAACCCUCCCGAAUGUACUUAUUCAUUAUCAGCUGAAAUUCACUCUGAAAGUUUUCCUCCUGACACUGAAAAACAAAUUGAUUGGGUACCUGCAGAGUACAAUCACACAACUGAGGGUGGGAGUUGGGCAAAUUUUGUUACCCUAAAGACAAUCCAAAUGGAUCUCUUCAAGGUUCACACAUUUAUACUCGAGGCAGAGAAGAAGGGUAAGGGGGUAUUAUAA